UUUCAUUGAUUCUCAGUAAUCAAACAAGAUCCCAGAUUUUAGACGCUAUGUCUUUCCCCGAGGGGUCAAUAUCACUCUGCACCUCUCAGUGCUUCCCAACUCCCGUGGUCCCCAGCGUCCAAUUCCUGUCCAUCAACUCAUCCCUAGUCACCAAUUUCUCCGGAUCCGCCCCAUCAUCCCAAACAUUCAACCACCCGACCAUCAAUUUCACAGACAUAACAAUAUGCAACAUCACCAUCGAAUACACCCACCCUUCAUUCAACGAUCUAAUCACAGUCAUGGCAUGGCUGCCCAUUGGAUCCUGGAAUGGCCGAUUCCAAGCCGUCGGCGGCGCCAGCGCUUCCGCCGGCUUGAACAGUAUCUCGCACUAUGAGAUGUACGCUGCAGUUGGACAGGGGUAUGCUACCAUCAGCACCAAUGCAGGCCAAGUCAACAACACCCGCGACUUGAGUGGCUGGGCGCUGGACGAGAAUGGGUCGCCGAAUAUCAACAUUCUCCGAAACCUAGCAUCUAUCUCGCUCGGCGAUGAAGCUGUUAUUGGCAAGAGUCUCAUCAAUAGCUUUUAUGGUCAGGAGCCGCUGUACUCGUAUUUCAGCGGUUGCUCUCAAGGUGGGCGUCAGGGGCUGAUGUUGGCACAGAGAUAUCCGGACAUGUACGAUGGUAUCGUCGCUUCUGCGCCGGAUAUUAAUUGGGGUCGACUCAUUCCUUCUAGGGUGUGGCCACAGGUGGUAAUGAACAAUUUGAAGGAAUACCCCGAGGGCUGCGAGCUGGAUUACCUAGGCGAGACGGCGAUCGCUGCCUGUGAUGAAUUGGAUGGUGUCAAGGACGGGAUUAUCUCUGCCAUGGACAAAUGCGACUUCGAUCCGUUCUCGCAUGUUGGUCAAAGAUUCAAUUGCUCAUCUACUGGAAAUUUCAGAACUCUCAGCGGUGCAGCAGCUAGAGUUGCAAAUGCGACAUGGACCGGCCCACGGGAUGACGAUGGAAACUUCAUUUGGUAUGGCCUGAACUAUGGCGCUGAUAUUUCGGGUGAUAUUACCGGCAGAGAUGCCAAUGCCGUGACAAAGUGUCUUGCGAAUGGCACUUGUGUCGGAGAACCCCUUGCUCUAGGGGCUCAAUGGCUUCAAUAUUUCGCAAGCGAGAAUGAUCCUUCAUUUGACUUUGCAGCAAUGACGAUUCCCGAGUUCGUCAAGCUUGUUGAUGUCUCGGUCACCAAAUAUGGGCCAAUUAUAGAUACCGAUGAUCCAGAUCUAUCUGCGUUUAAGAAGGCUGGUGGUAGGAUUAUGGGGUACCACGGAUUGUCCGACCCAACCAUUCCCACAGCAGGCUCAAUAGACUACUACGAGAGAGUGACUGCACUCAUACCCAAGAUCCAUGACUUUUACCGUCUCUACGAAGUCCCGGGCUUGGGACACUGUGGGGGACAGACCGCAAACCAACCCAUGCGCAUAUUCGAUGCGUUGCGAGAAUGGGUCGAGAAUGAUAUCAAACCAGAUUCGCUUCCCAUCUCCUUUUCGCUGAAUGGAGAGUCAUGGACAAGACCCGUUUGUCCGUACCCAAAAAGCGCCAUCUACGACGGGGUGGGCAGUCCAUCUCUGUCAACGAGCUAUGCGUGCACAUGAAUGUUUUCGGAGCUUAUUCUCGAUCCCAAAUUAUUUUUCUCUGAUUGAGUGAACUUCCACGUAUCCCGUCG